AUGGACACCAAAGAGGGUCUCCGUACCCCGCCGACCGAGUCGGCGGUACCCACCCUCGCCCCGAGCAGGACGAGCGUUUCAGACAACGGCAAAGAGACGGCCGCCGGAGAACAGACAGAUACCCCCAACGAGAAGAGCGACGCAUUGGCCCGCCAGGCCACGGCCACUUCCAAGUCCGGCAAGGUCCUCGAGCCGGCGCUCACCCGCGAGGAUGGUGCCGAGUACCCCCGGGGUGUGACCCUCGGGUUGAUUGUGCUGGCGUUGUGUUUGGCUGUGUUUACCAUGGCGCUGGAUAACUCGAUUAUUGCCACGGCUAUUCCAAAAAUCACUGACCAGUUCCACUCCCUGCCUGAUGUGGGCUGGUAUGCGUCUUCAUACCUCCUCACCACUGCGGCUCUCCAGCUCCUCUUCGGCCGUUUCUAUACCUUCUUCUCCAUCAAAUACGUCUUCCUCAUCGCCAUUUUCCUGUUCGAGGUUGGCUCCCUGAUCUGCGGCGUUGCCCAGAACAGCGUGACUCUCAUUGUCGGGCGUGCCGUGGCCGGUGUCGGAGCCGCCGGCAUGUUCUCCGGCGCCCUCACCAUCCUAGCCUACUCCGUACCACUGGCCAAACGCCCGCUCUACACCGGCCUCAUCGGCUCCAUGUACGGUCUCGCCUCCAUCAGCGGCCCCCUCAUGGGCGGCGCCUUCACCGACCACGUCACCUGGCGCUGGUGCUUUUACAUCAACCUCCCCGUCGGCGGCGUCACCAUGAUCGUGAUCUGGUGGUUCUUCCCCGACCCCAAGCGCCAGGCCGUGAAAAACGGCGACACCCUCUGGCAGCGCAUAAUGCGCUUCGACCCCUUCGGCACCAUCGUCUUCAUGCCCGCCAUCAUCAGCCUCCUGCUCGCCCUCCAAUGGGGCGGCACCCAAUACCCCUGGAACAACUGGCGCAUCAUCCUCCUCUUCGUCUUCUUCGCCGUCCUCAUCCUCCUCUUCAUCUUCUUCCAGUUCCGCCAAGGCGACCUCGCCACCGUCCCGCCCCGCAUCUUCGCCAAACGCAGCGUCUGGUCCUCGGGUUUCUACAUCAUGACCAUCUGCGGCGCCUUCCUCGGUUCCGUCUACUACCUCCCCAUCUGGUUCCAAGCCGUCAAAGACGCCAGCGCCGUCAGCUCGGGCAUCAUGAAUCUGCCCAUGCUCAUCGCCGUGGUCAUCUCCUCCAUCGUCGCCGGCGCUGCCGUCACCAUCUGGGGGUACUACGCGCCUUUCAUGAUCAUCAGCAGCAUUGUCGCUGCUAUUGGCUACGGCCUGAUUACCCUCUUCGAACCCGACACCAACACGGGAACCUGGAUCGGUUUCCAGAUCAUCAUCGGCGCCGGGCUGGGCAUUGGCUUCCAGCAACCGUUGAUGGCGGUCCAAACCGUCCUGGACAUCGAGGACGUGCCCACGGGCACCUCCCUCAUCGUGUUCAUGCAAACCCUCGGCGGCGCGCUGUUCGUGUCGGUGUCGCAAAACAUCUUCACCAACAAACUGGUGCAGUACACGGCGGAGUAUGUACCCUCGCUGGCGGAUCCGACCAAGAUUCUGGCGGUGGGCGCGACGUCGGUGCGGCAGUAUUUUGAGCCGGCUCUGUUGCCGGCUGUGAAGCAGGCAUUUAAUGAUGCGUUGACGGAGACGUUUAUUGUGUUUACGGCGCUGGCGGCGGUGAGCAUUUUUGGGGCGGUGGCUGUUGAGUGGAGGAGUGUGAAGGGGAAGGCUGUUGUUGGUAUGGCUUAG